AUGGGGAGUUAUUAUAAUGGAGGUGGAGACACGGAACAGCAGCAGAGGCAGACGUCAUCGGCUCCGUCCAAGCUGAAGAAGAAGCCAUCCGCGGCUUUGUAUCAAGCUGGUUCUGAGGUUGAUGAUAUUGUUACCCUCUUACAUGGCUCCGAUCCGGUGCGUGUCGAGCUUACUCGCCUUGAAAACGAAGUCCGAGACAAAGAUAGAGCGCUGGGAGAUGCCAAUGCAAAAAUAAAGGCUUUGAAGUACUCUGAGCGCCUCAGAGAGAAGGCAGUUGAAGAGCUAACUGACGAGCUAAAUAAAGUAGAUGAAAAGCUAAAAGCGACGGAAUCUCUCCUUGAAAGCAAGAAUCUAGAGAAUAAGAAAAUAAAUGAAGAGAAAAAAGCAGCUCUGGCCGCACAAUAUGCUGCAGAAGCAACACUGCGGAGGGUGCAUGCUGCCCAGAAAGAUGAUGAGAUGCCACCGAUCGAGGCAAUAAUAGCACCACUGGAGGCUGAGUUGAAGCUGGCAAGGUUGGAGGUAGCAAAGCUACAAGACGAUAACAAAGCGCUUGAUCGGCUUACUAAAUCUAAAGAGGCUGCUCUUUUGGAAGCAGAACGUUCAGUCCAGAUGGCUUUAGCAAAAGCUUCUUUGGUUGAUGAUCUCCAGAACACAAACCAAGAGCUGAUGAAACAGAUUGAGAUAUGCCAGGAGGAGAAUAAGAUAUUGGACAAAAUGCAUCGGCAAAAGGUUUCUGAGGUUGAAAAGCUAACUCAAACCGUUCGUGAUCUCGAGGAGGCUGUUUUGGCUGGUGGGGCUGCAGCCAAUGCUGUACGUGAUUACCAGCGGAAAGUGCAAGAAAUAAAUGAAGAGAAAAGGAUUCUAGACCGUGAACUAGCUCGUGCUAAGGUUUCUGCAAAUCGUGUUGCUGUUGUUGUGGCCAAUGAUUGGAAAGAUGCCAAUGACAAAGGAGAAAUGAACCAGCUGAAAGAUAAACUGGCAAUUGCAGAGCGUGCAGCUAAGGCAGAAGCACAGUUAAAGGAAAAAUACCUGUUACGAUUUAAAGUUUUAGAGGAAAGGCUUAAAGCAUGUCAAAAUGGUAUUUCCCGUGCUUCGUUACGAUGUGGAAAUGUAAGCAAUGGGACUUCACGGAGGCAGUCUCUUGGAGGAGCAGAAAGCUUGUCCAGGACAUCCUCCCAUGGGUUUCUAUCUAGAAAAACAACGUUUCAAUCUGGGUCAUCCCGUACAAGUAGUGCUUAUGCAUUGUUACAGCAUGCAAAGAAUUUGUCGAGCUCAUUUGAUGAUGGUAGUGGACCAGCAGUAGGUGAUAAGCUGGUUUCAGAUGUAGACGAGAAAGAUAAUCCACCAAACAGUGCCAGCAAAGAGACUCAAAAUAAUGGUAGGAUUACUUCCCAGGAGAAUGGGGAUGAGAGUGAAAAAAUGAAAAUGGAAAAUGAAGACUAUGUUUCUGGAACAUUGUAUGAUAUGCUGCAGAAGGAGGUUAUAACUCUGCGAAAAGCUUGCCAUGACAAAGAUCAAAGCCUUAAAGAUAAAGAUGACGCAAUCGAGACUUUGGCAAAGAAGAUUGAAACAUUGAACAAGGCAAUGGAAGUAGAGGCCAAGAGAAUGCGAAGAGAAGUAGCUUCUAUGGAGAAGGAAGUUGCUGCGAUACGCAAUGGCAAAGAACAAGAUCAAAGAAACAGACGUGUUGGUGCUGUAAGAGAAGCCGUCAAUGCUUCUCAUUCACUUUUAGUGAGGUGA